CUUUAGCCCCGCCCCCGAACCUCCUGGUCAGUGCGGUAGUUCUAUCGGGCCCCGCUGCCGAUGUUGGACCCGGCGUCAGUCCUGGAACUCGGCUCUCGUGGUGGCGGUGUUCGUCCGAGCCCCGGGGGCAGCAGGCGGAUGGAAAGUCACGGCAGAGACGACGAGAAAGGUCCGGUUCUGCACAUCGUCGUGGUCGGAUUUCACCACAAAAAGGGCUGCCAGGUGGAGUUUUCGUACCCACCUCUGAUGCCGGAUGAAGGCCACGACAGCAGCCUGGUUCCGGAGGAGUGGAGGUACCUCCCGUUUCUAGCUCUCCCUGACGGGGCGCACAACUACCAGGAGGACACGGUGUAUUUUCAUCUGCCCCCCCUCUCUGGAGACGGGAAGUGCGUCUAUGGAGUUUCCUGUUAUCGCCAGAUAGAAGCUAAGGCCCUGAAGGUCCGACAGGCCGACGUCACCAGGGAGACGGUUCAGAAGAGUGUUUGCGUUCUCAGUAGAGUGCCUCUUUAUGGUCUCCUUCAAGCAAAGCUGCAGCUGAUCACACACGCCUACUUCGAGGAGAAAGACUUCUCCCAGAUCUCCAUCCUGAAGGAGCUGUACGAUCACAUGAACGGCUCUCUGGGAGGAUCAGCCCUGGACGGGUCCCAGGUUUACCUCGGAUUAUCAGCCAGAGACCUGAUUCUGCACUUCCGACACAAGGUUCUCAUCCUCUUCAAGCUCAUCCUGCUGGAGAAGAAGGUCCUGUUCUACAUUUCUCCCGUCAGCAGACUGGUGGGAGCCCUCAUGACGGUUCUGUCGCUGUUUCCCGGAAUGAUGGAGCACGGCCUGGUGGACUCCUCCCACUACAAGCCCAGGAGCAGCGUGUCGGAGCAGCUGCCUCUGAAGGAGACCGUCUCCGGAGCAGAGGAGUUCGUGUCCGUGUCCGUCUCUGAUGUUACAGACCCAAAGCAGGGCCUGGAGGGAGCGGCGCCCCCUGCAGGAGACUCUGUGUCCUCUGGUAACAGCACGGAGGGGGGGAACCACCUCCUCAAGCUUCCGGUGUCCGCCUCUCCGGUGUCCUCGGAAAGUGACUGGGAGACUCUGGACCCAGGCGUCUUGGACGAAGGCGGUCCCCGAGAGUCACCUGAGAAAGAGGAGGAGCUUCUGGAUGCCUUUGACUCCCAGCCAGGUGUUCCCAUCACUGUGCAGCCGCAUGCGGUCAGCGGUCAGGGCGGGGUCACCCAGGGCCUGGUGUCAGGACUGGAGGAGGAUCAGUAUGGUCUCCCGCUCGCCAUUUUCACAAAGGGUUACCUGUGCCUGCCCUACAUGGCGCUGCAGCAGCAUCACCUCCUGUCAGACGUGGCUGUGCGAGGCUUCGUCGCCGGGGCAACCAACAUCCUGUUUCGUCAGCAAAGGCACCUCAGUGAUGCCGUCAUCGAAGUGGAGGACGCUCAGAUCCAGAUCCAGGAUCCAGAGCUCAGGAAGACCCUGAGCCUGACCACGGCGGACCUGCGCUUUGCCGAUUACCUGGUCAAACACGUGACGGACAACAGAGACGACGUGUUCCUGGACGGGACGGGCUGGGAGGGGGGGGACGAGUGGAUCAGGGCGCAGUUCACCCUGUACCUGCACUCCUUACUGUCGUCCACGCUGCAGCCAGACAACGAGAGGCUGCUGGCCGAUUUUGGAGCUCCUUUCAUCACAGCGUGGAAGAUCACCCACAGCUUCAGGGUUUGGUCCAGCAACAAGCACGUUGCCAUGUCCACCAUCACUCCUGGUCACCCAUUCCAUGGUCAGUACAGCGUGGCCGACGUCAAGCUCCGCCUCUCACACUCAGUGCAGAACAGUGAGAGAGGGAAGAAGCUGGGGAACGCCAUGAUGACCACCAGCCGCAGCAUGGUCCAGACAGGGAAGGCAGUGGGUCAUACGGUGGGCGGAGCUUUGAACAGCGCGAAGUCCGCCAUGUCCUCCUGGUUUUCCACACUGGCCCAUCCUGCUCUGGUGACCGGACCAGAAGUUUCUGAACCCGCCACUGAGACCAAACCAUGAGAGCAGCUGUCCCCCCUCUUAAGUCCCCAUUUAGUCAUUUGAACCUUCAAACUGGAUCUCUGACCAAGCUGUAGCAGAACCCGAGAGCAAGUUCCAGCCUCCUUAUGCCCCGCCCCCAAACAGGAAUGGGAGGAGCUCCUGCCUCAGAGCUGAUAAUUCUUCUGCCGUGGAAAACCAUCAGCAGAUCCGUCUGAAUUUGACGCUGUGAUGCGUUCAGGAACGUUUUACUCUAAAGGUGGACCAUCCAGUCCACCUGGACUCUUCAGGUGUUCACAGGAUCUCCUCCCUCCAAGCAAAGUGCUCUUUGUUGACUACUUCCUGCUUUUUCUGUGUUGUGUGUUGUCUUUGGUGUUGAAAGAGGUUUUAGUUUUUUUAUCCUGAAAUCUUUUUAUUUUGUAUUUAAAGUCUGAAUGUACCGAAUAUUUUCCUGACAGAUACUUUAAAUGAAGUGAUAUUUUAUCGUAUAUUCUGGCCCUGGUGGUAUGAUGCUGUAUGACGGAUGAUAAAUAAAGAAAUGCACUUUUUAAAAAACA